CGUCAGUCGCCAUCGUAGACGUUUCGUUAGAGUGUCUCCUUUAAGAAAAAGGGAAAAAAAGAGUUUUUUUUAAAUAAAAAAAAAUAAAUCGCAAUUUGGAAAGUAAAAGAAAGUCUGUUAUAUCUAUUUACAUUUUAAUUUCAUUAAAUCUUUAUGGAUGAACUAAUUACACCUGAACUAGACCGAGUAACAUACCAAACAGAUGACUUUAAAAUGGAAAUCGAUCCAAUAGAAACUAAAAAUGAAAAUUGGAAUCCAUUGACUGAGGGUGUUGAUAUAGGGGAAACUUUACUAAACAUUUUGGAUGAAGUACGUUCUUUAAGAGAAAGAUAUAGGAAAAGCGAUGAAGAAAAGCAACAACUAAUAAAAACACUUAGAAGUGAAAUAAAACAGAUAAAAAAUGAAUUAGGAGGACUAGAUGCGAACAUAGAUCCUGAACCGAAGCUUUUGCCUAAGUUGCCCAUAAAUACUCUAGAGGAUUUGAAGAAUUUUGAUGAAAAACUGCCAUUAGACUCUGAUCUAAAAACUGAAUUCAUAAAAUUUUUAAAAAGAUUUUCUGGCCACAAUUUUAUAGUAUUUUUGAGAGCCGGUUUAAGGGCUAUAGUAACAGAUGAAUUGGCGAUAAAUUUGACUUGGCGCGGAACCCAAGAAAAACCCAGCAUACAAUGUUUUACAACUUUUGUGCUUUUAAGAGAAAUCUGUCUUUCAAAAUAUCCUGAAGCAAAUCAUACGGAAAUCAAUCGCAUAUGCCAACAACAUUUUCUACACGCUAGAGAUAGAGUUGGUCGAAAAAAUAAGGGCAAUGGUUCUCCAAAGACAUCCACAACACCCACAUUUUCUGGCUCUAGUCGUAAAGUUAGACCCAUUACACCGGUUAAUUUAGAUCCAGUUUCCUCUUCACCUUUAGCAGAUACUAAUCUUUUAGAUUCAGAUUCUGCACCACCUUCACCAGAAACUAUUCUAUUUAAUCCACUUCCCAUGCAACCUUCAAAAACAGAAGUCAGUUUACCUAAGCUGCCCUUUAAAACCCUGCAAAGUUUAGAAGAAUUCGAUGACCAACUGCUGGACAAUAAAAAAUUAGAAAAGCUCUUGAAACAAUAUAUAAAUAAAAUCAGUGGCAGAGAUCAUGCUAAAUUUAUACGUGGCGCAUAUAAGGCUAUAUUAAUUGAUGAGGUGGCUACUAAACUAUCCUGGCGCGGCACCAAAGAAAAGCAAAGUAUUCAAGAAUUUAAUAUUUUUCUGGUUAUAAGAGAUUUAUGUUAUGCCAGAUAUCCUAAAAUAACAAAUUCGGAUAUUAACAAAGUUUGUCAUCAGCAUUUUCUACAUGCCAAAGAUCGGCUUAAAAAGAGAGCUAAUGUUUCAAUUUAAUAAUAAGUUUAUUCAUUAAUAGAAAUUUAUUAGUUUUAAGGAGUUUUUUUUUUAACAAAUAUGACGUAUUUCCUUAAUUAAAAAUUUAAUUUACAAGAAAUCA